CAACCCCCAACCCAACACCCCUUAACCACCCCCACCCCCACCCACCCCACCACCUCCACACCAAACCCCCCCCAACCCCCCCCAACCCAAACAACCUCAACACACCCAACCACAACCAACCACACCCCACCACAACCCAACACCACCAACACCCAACCACAAACACCAACCCCAACCACCCCAACAACCCACACCACCCCCAACCAACCCCAACAACCCCCAACACACCCAACCCCACAACACCCACAACACCAACCCAAACCCCCAACACCAACCCAACAACCCACACCCAAAACAACCCACAACCAACACCCAACACCCAACCACCAACAAACCCAACACAACCCACAACAAACCCACCACAACAACCCACACACCAACAACCCAAACAACACCCCCAACAACAACCACACCCAAACAACCCACACAACACCACCAACCACACCCACCCCAACACCAACCCCCAACACACCCAAACCCAACAACACCACCCCCAACCCACACCCAACACACCCACAACCCCCACACAACCCAACACCAACCCACAAACCCCAACAACCACACACAACCACAAACAAACCCACCCAACACCCACCACACCCACAACACCCCAAAACCCACCCAACAACACAACACCACAAACCAACACAAACACCCCAACCAACCCAACACCCCACAACCCCCACAACACACAAAACACCAACACCCAACACCCAACACCAAACCCCAACACAACACCAAACCACCCCAACACCACACACCCAACACACCACAAACCCAAACCACAAACACACCCACACAACACCAACAAACCACACCACAACACCACCAAACACCCACAACACAAAACAACACAACAACCCAACCCACACCAACACCCAACAACCCAACACCACCCCACCCACAACCACCCCAACACAACACCACAACACCACAAAACCACACAACCACAAACAAACACCACCAACCCCCCACAACACAACCACACCCCAACAACCAACACCACAACACCCCACAACACACCCAACAACCAACAAACACCCACCACCAACAACCCACAACCAACACCACAACACCACACCACCCCACACACCACCAAACACCAAACACAACCCAACACCCACCAAAACCACAACACCCCACCCAACAACCAACAACCCAAACCAACCACACCACACCCACAACACCCACCCCAAAACCACCAACAACCAACCAACCACCAACAACCCCACCACAACAACACCCCACCAAACCACCCCAAACACACCAACCACAAACAACAACCAAAACACCCAACAACCCAACACAAACCACACCAAACCCAACCACAACACCACCAACACCCAACACCCACAACAACACAACCACCAAACAACCACCAACACCCAACAACAACCCCACAACACCCCAACCAACAACCCCACCACACCACAACCAACACCCCACACCAACAACCCAACCACACACCACAAAAACAACCACCACCAACACCACAACCAAACAACCACCAACACAACAAAACACCACACCACCAAACACCCACAAAACCCCAACAACCCACAACCCAAACACCACCAAACAACCACCCCACCACACAAACCAACAACACCCACAAACCAAAAACCACCACCCACCAACCCACACCACACACAACCACAACACCCCACACAACACCACCAACCCAAACACACACCCAACACCAAACACACCCCACAAACCACAACACACCAACAACCACCCACCCAACAACCAACCAACCAACCCACAACCACAACAACCCCCAACACACCCCAACAACCACACCCACAACACCCACACCACCCAACCACCAACAACCCACAACACCCCAACAACCCCACCAACCAACACCCCACACCACCAACACAACACCCCAAACAACAACACCCAACCACAACCACCAACACCCAAACACACCAACACCAAACACCCACAACAACCCACCCACCAACAACCAACACCAAACCACCCCAACACCACCACACCACACAACACCAACACCCCACACACAACCACAACCACCCACCACCAAACCCAACACCACCAACACCCACACACAACACCACAAACCACCACCACACCCCAACACCACAACACAACACCACCCCAACACCAACAACCCCAACACACAACCCACCAACCACCCACACAACCCAACCCACCCAACACACACCAACCCCCAACCAAACCCCACACAACCACAAACCAACAAACCCCACCAACACCCCAACACACAACAACCCAACACCACCCCACCCCAACAACCCACCAACCAACACACCCAACCAACACCAACCACCCCACACCAACACCCACACCAAACCCCAACACCAACAACCAACCCACCACCAACCACCCAACAAACCACAACACACCCCAACACCCAACCAACAACCCCAACCACCCCCACCAACCCAAACACCCAACACAAACCCACACCCACCAACCCCCACACCACACAACCAACACCCAACACCACCAACACCACCACAACAAACACCCACAACCACAACACCCCACCACAACAACCCACAAACCCCAACACCCAACACCCCACACAACACCACCCAACACCCCCAACCACAACCAACACCCCAACACCCACAACACACCAAACACACCCAACCCCCAACACCACCACACACCCACACCACAACCAAAACACACCCACACAACCACAACACCACACCACCCAACACACCCACAAACCACCAACACCCACAACAAACACCAACACCCCCCACCACCAACACAACACCCACAACCCAAACCACAACCCCACACCCACAACCACACCAACCCCCACACCACCCACAACCCCCAACACCCAACACCACCACCACCCACCAACACCACCACACCCACACAACACCAACAACCCCACCAACACCCCCACCAACACAACCACCACAACCCAACACCCCCACACCAACACCAACACCCACACAACCCCAACACACCACCCCACAAAACCCCAACAACACCCACAACCCCACCAACCCAAACACAACACCACAACAACCCACACCCACCAACCCCAACAACCCCAAACACCACAACACCCAACACCCCAACACCCAACAACCCCCACCAACAACCACCAACCACAAAACCAACACCACCAACACACCCCAACCCCAACAAACACAACCCCCCAACAACACCCACACCCACAACACCACAACAAACACCCCCAACCACCCCACCAACACCACACCCAACCAACACAAACACCACACACCCAACAACCCACCAAACCAACCACACCCCACCACAAACCACCAACCCCAACAACACCACCCCCCAACACCCACCACCCAACACACAAACCCCACACCCAAACACCACCCAACCACCCCAAACACCACCCCAACACCACACAACCACCACAAACACCCAAAAACCACCACAACACCAACCACCCACCCCAACACCACAACCCCAACAACCCACACCAACAAACACACCAAACCACCACCCACCCACACAACCACCAAAACCCACCACCCCAACAAACACCAACAACACAACACCACACAAACCACACCCCAACCAACCACACAAACCCCCCAACACCCAACACCCACCCACAACAACCCACCCAACCCCCAACACCCACACCACCAACACAACACCCAACAACCCACAACACCCCACCACCAACCAACACCCACCAACACCACAAACACCACCAACACAACACCACCCAACAACCACAACCCAACAACCAACACCCAAACAACCCACCACACAAACACCACACCCCACCAACCACCCACCAACAACACACCACAAACCAACCCACCCAACACCACAACAACACCAACCAACCACCAACACCAAAACCACCACCCACACACAAACACCAACACAACCACCCCCCACACCCAACAACCACCCAACCAACACCACACCACCCCACAACACCAAACCCCACCCCACACCCACCAACCCCACCCCACCCAAACACCACCACAACCCACCACCCAAAACAACCACCCCAACCCACCACCCCCACACCCCAACCCACACAAACACCCACCCACAACACCACCCCCAACCAACCCAACACAACCAACACCCACCCAACACCACAAACAACCCCACAACCCACCACCACCCAAACCCCACCACCCCCACAACCCAACACACCACCAAACCCACCACACCACAACCCACCACCCCAACAACACAACCAACCACCAACACCCACACACACAAACCCAAACCACCAACACCAACCACACCCAACCCAACCACACCAACCCACAACACACACCAACAAACCACACCACCCACCCACAAACCACCCACCACCAACACACCCCACCCAAACCCCAACACACCCACACACCACCAAACACACCACCCCCACCACCAACCCACCCAACACCAACACACACCACCACCCAAACCCCAAACACCAACCAACCACCACCAAACAACCCCCACACCCCAACCACACCAACAACAACACCACACCACCACAACCCCAACACACCCCAAACCAACCACACCCAACAACCCCAACACCCAAACACCCCCCCACACCACCCACCAACACCCACACAAACCAACACCCACCACACCACCCACCAACAACACCCACACCCACCCCAAACCACCAACCACACCCACACCCACAAACACCCCACACCACACCACCCAACAACACACCAACCCCACAACACCAACACACACAAACACCCAACACCAAACCACCAACCCACCAACACCCAACCAAAACAACCAACACCCAAACAAACACCACCCCACACACCACAACACCACCAAACCACAACCACACCCACACCCCACACACCAAACCCAAACAAACCCACACCCCACCACCCAACCCACAACCACACACAAAACCCACCACAAACACCACAAACCCAACACAACCCCACCCAAAAACAAACACCCACAACACCCAACAAACACCCAACCCACCACACCCCCAAAAACACAACAAACACCAACACCCACACACCCCACACCAAACCAACCCAAACCACCACCACACAACACCCCACACCACCCACAACCACAAACACCAACACCCACCAACCCACACAACCACCAACCCCACCCACACCACACCCCACAAACCCCCACACCAACACAAACAACAACACACCCCAACAAACACACAACCAACAACACCCACCAACCCCAACACCACACACCACCAAAAACAAACAACCAAAACAACACCCACAACCACAAACACCAACACCAAACCACCCAACCAACAAAACACCCACACCAACAACCCACAAAACCACACCCCAACCCCCACAACCACCACCCCAACACCCACACCCCACCACCAAACACCAACCAACCCAACCCACCCCCCAACAAACCCCAACCAACCCCACACAAACCCCACCCAACCACAACCCCCCACACACCACCCCAACAAACAACAACCCACAAACCCAACAAACAACCAACAACCACACAACCCAAACACAACCCCCACACACCAAACCCCCACACCACCCCCCACAACCACCCCCACCACCAAACACAAACAACCACAAACACAAAACCCCCCAAACCCACCCACCCCCACAACCACCACCCCACCCAACACAACCAACCCACCCCCAAACCCCCCAACCACCCAACAACACAAAAACCAAACACCCAACCCAACAAACCACACAAACACACCCCACAACCCAAACACCCCACCAACACACCAACACAACCCCCCACACCCAACCCACAACCACCACCACCACCCCCAACCCACCACAACCACACCACCCACAACCAACACACCACCCAAAACACACCAACCACCACCCAACAAAACAACCAACAACAACACCAACCAACCCAAACCCCCCACACAACAACACCAACAACCACACAACCACACACCCCCAACCCCCAACCCAAAACACAACAAAACACCCCAACCACCACACAACCCCACACAAACAACCAACACCCAACACACCACCCCACAAACCCCCCACACCCCACCACACAACCCACACCCACACCACAACCCCACCCACACCCACAAACACCCCAACCCACAAACACCCACACCAACACACCCCCAACACACAAACCCCAACAACCACACACCCACCAACCCCACCACACCCAACCACACCCAACAACCCAACCAACACCCACACCAACACACCACCACCCCACCCAACACACCCCAACCCAACACCCCCACCCACAACCCACCACACACCCCAAACCCCACAACCAAACCACCCCCCAACCCCACACCCCACACCCAACACCCCCCACCCCCACACCCCCAACAACCCACACACAACCCACAACCAAACAACACAACACCCAACAACCACCCCCACAACACCCCAACCCACACCCACAACCACCCACCCCCACCACACACCAAAACCACACCCACCAACCCAAAAACACCCACAACCCCCAACCCACAACAAACACCACAACCCACCAAACAACCCCCACCCACAACCCCACCCACAAACCCACAACCCCAACCCACAAAAACCACACCCACCCACCCCCAACCAACAACACCCACAACCCCACAACCACCACAAACAACCACAACCACCACACCCAACACCACCCAACAACACCACCACCCAACCACCCACAACCCCCACACCACCCAAACACACCACCCAACCACCCACAACCCACCACCCACCCCACCAAAACAACCACCCCACACCCACACCCCCACCCACAAACCCCACCAACACACACCCCCCCACCAACACCACAAAACACACCCACCACAACCACACAAACCCACCCCACAACAACACCACACCCACCACCACAAACACCACCACACAACCAACCACCCAACCCCCCACCCCCCCACACAACCCACCACACCCCCACAACACACCACACCCCACAAACCCACAACCACCCACACCCAACCACCCCCCCAACACCCAACAACCACCAACACACAAACACCACCACCACACCCACCCAAAACCCACCAAACCACCCCCCACCACCAACAAACCCCACAACCACACCCACACACCACACCAAACCACCACAAAACCACCACACCACCAACACCCCACACCACACAACACCCCACCCCAACCAACCCACACACCCACAACCACCCAACCACACCCACACCCACCCCACACCCACCACCACACACAAACCCACCACCCCCCCACCCCACACCAACAACCCCACCACCCCACACACCCCCAACCACAACCACCACACCCCACCACAACACCAACACCCACCCCACACAACCCACAACCCAACACCCACCCCACCACCACCAACAACACCACAACCCCCACACAAACCACACCCCCACAACCAACACCACCACACCCCAACAACCCACCAACACCAACACCCACC